AUGACGCCGACGCAUACCUACACUCCUGACGGACAUCGCCUGGACGCGUCCCUGGCGGGCAUAUACGCCGGGUAUCCCGACGCUCAGGGGCUGCCCGCGGCGAGGCGAGCGGCGGUGACCGCAGCGGAGUUGAUCGAGUCCGGCGACCACCACGUUGAUCCGACGGUGGCUAACAUAGCCGCUCUGUUGCAUCUUGCCGGCCGACCGGCCGACCCUGACCGGGCGGAGGCGUCGGUUGCCCUGGCCGGCGCGUGGCUGCGCGGGUCGGGCGCCCCGGAACAGUACGUGACGGCCGUUGCUGCGGCCAUCAGGGGCGCUUGGGGGGCUGUAGGCGACGACGGCACAGCGACGCUGUUGCGGGAUGCGGCGCGGUUGGACUUGAUGAGCGUCGAAAGGCACUCCGACUACCUGCGAGACGUGCCGCCUCCGGGACGCCUCCGUGAACCAUAUUUGGCGGACUAUCGUGGCAGAUGCCUGACGCCGGCGUUGCAACUUCGCGGUAGCCUGACGCUUCCGGCGUCGGUGAAGAUCUACGACCAGCGUGUGGCGAACUUGUCGGCCUGGCUAGAUCAGCAGCCGGCUGAUUUGGUGCCGCCGGAUUGGCGACGCUUGGCCGAAGUAGGGGAGAUUGAAAGCGGCGUCCGCAGGUUGCUCGAAGGCGAGGACCCGGUCGCGGUUCGAUCGGAAAUGCCCACUCGCGGCCUGCCGUACGCGGAAUAUCGGGGACGACAGCGCGCCGUUAUUUCUGGAAGCCACGACCGGAUCCUGGAACUGACCCACGCCCGCAUCGAGGCGUCACGCAACGUGGCUGCGGAAAAGUACCUGGAGAGCGACACGAUCCAUAAGCCGGCGGUGGAGGAAAACCUGUUCGUGGGGGCGCGACGCCGGGCGCGGCAACUGGGUUUGUCCGCUGAGACGGCGGAGGACAUCGCCAGGCUGCUGCUGUCCAACGCGCGGGAGGUGCAGGAACGUACCCUCAACGAUAUUGCCCAACGGCUGAGCAGAUUGCACGGCCAGAUACUGGACGCAGACUCGCCGGAAACCCGCACCGAUGAGGCUGACAUAGCGAUCCCGUCCCUGGUUGUACGAACCGGCGAUCAGCCGUUGGCCCGCGAAAACGAACUGCUCAAGGAACUCAGAGUUACCGGGUUGAAUGAAGCCUACCCGGAGCAACGACGUCGCUUUCUGGAGUGGUUUGAGUCCCCGCAUCCAUACCUGGCGACCGGCAUGAUUGUCGCUAGUCGUGACGCCGACAUAUUCCUGCAGGCGCUGACCGACGGCCAACGAUGCAAGGUAGUUGCCACGGUGGCGAUCGACGGUCCGAUGCACCUGGGCCAUGGAACGCCGGUGAGCAUCCUUGCUUACUUCCAGGCUCUGGGCGCCGAGAUUGCGCUCGGCUUCCGCGACGAACUCGGCGACUUGAUCGAAGCGCGGCGGAUCAUGCGGGAUAGCCUCCUGAUGAUGGCCGCCGAAGGAUUGGAUCUCUCUCGUACACACGCCUACCUGCAGCAGGAUAGCCCGCCGAUCGUCAGGACGGCAUUUGAAAUCGGCGAGGCCAUCCCCCUGAGCGUGUUGAACUCGGCGUUGGGCCUGCGUUUGCGAGACAGUGCCACCGAAACCUUCCGACCGUUGCUGCGGCUGGCCGACAUUCUGCACGCGCAACAGGCGGAGGCCGGCGGCCCCUGCAGGACGCUGGUGGUGGACAGCAUCGGCGGCGACGUGUACGUGCGGAUGGCCAGGAACGUGGCGGAGCGGUUCGGGUUCCUAAAACCGUCGGCGCUGUAUCUGCGGCCGGUGCGGAACCUGACAACCUACAACGACCCACAGACGGGCGGCGCGGUGGAGGUGAUGACCAACCGGGUACCGUCGGGCCGCAUUACCUAUGGAGAUGAUCCCGCUGAGAUCCGGCGACGCGUCGGCCGCGCUUACACCGGCGGACGCGGGACGCUGGAGGAACAGCGGGAAAAGGGUGGUAACCCCGACCCGCGGGUCUGCUCGGUUUCCAGCCUGCACGCCUUUUACGCGACUCCUGACCCGCAGGAGUACGCACGGCUCCAAUCACGGUGCCGCUCGGGCGAGUUGUUGUGUGGGGAGUGCAAAACUUCAGCGGCAGACCGCCUGCUAGAAUAUCUGAGGGAGCAUCGUUCCCGGCGGGACAACCCGUCAGAACAGGCGAGGAACGCCGCCAAUCAAAUGGCCGGGUUGCCGGACGCGGCAUGA